AUGGCGCGACUGACGCAAGCGCCCAUCACGCCCAGCCGGAACGUGUCCAACUCAGAUUCCCUCGAGGACCUCGACCGCCUGCUCGCCCGCUUGCAGAGCAACAUACUGCACGCCGACGCCGAGCGAGAGAAGCGGCUGCGUACGAGCGAGUACGAGCGCAGCAGAGUCAACGUCAACCUCGAGUACGCACAGACACUCCUAGCGAAGCUAGAGCGGGACGCGGCGGGCGUCAAGGCGCACGCGCGGCGACAAGAGCUUCAGGCCGACCUGGGCCGGAAGCGCGAGGCGCUCGAGCAAGUGGCCGAGCGGCUGCGCGAGAUCGAGGACAUUAGCGUGUACAGCGACGAGGACAGCUCUGAGGGCGAGGACGUACUCGGCGGCAUCGACACUCCGAGUGAGAGCGUAAAGUCAGUCCCGUCCGGCGCCGCCGCCGCUGCAGAUUGGGGGGAGGCAGAGGGCGACGACGACGAAGGAGACGACGAAGAGGAGGCGGGCGAGGAAGUAUACGAGUCGGCCGCCCUCCCCGAACUUCGACAACCAGAUCCGCCCAAUCUCCCGGCUCUCAGCACUGCUACCUCGACAACACAGCAGCCGCAACCGACGACGUCGACGUCAGCUACCUCCGCGCCAGCGCCGGCCGCAACCGAAACCGCAACAACGACAACCCAAACCCUGCGCGCCCGCGGUCCCGCCUCCCAGCCGCAGCACGCCACCGCGCUCCCCGACACGGCCGAGACGACCGCGCUCCGCGCGCGGCUCUUCGGCGACCGGAACACCGCGGACGCGUCCGCAGCGACGACGACGGCGACGGCGGAGGCCAUCCUCGACCGCCACCGCGCGGAGCAGGAGGACCUGACGUCGUCGAUGGUGGCGAUGGCGCGGUCGCUCAAGGCGUCGACGCACCGGUUCUCGUCGGCGCUGCUCGAGGACGCGGACGCGCUGGCCGCCGCCGGCCGCGGGCUCGACGCCGGCGGGCGCGGGCUCGACACGGUCGCGGGCCGCGUCGGCGUGCUGCGCCGCGCCACCGAGGGCAAGGGCUGGUGGGGCCGCGUCCUGCUGUACGUCUGGAUCGCCGGCCUCGCCCUCUUCGCCGUCCUCCUGGUCUUCGUGUUCCCGAAGCUGAGGUUCUGA